AAAGCUCACCUUCCCGAGUUAAAAAAAUUUAUGGACAACAAGUUAUUGUUGAAAUUAAAUGGUGGUAGAUAUGUCCAAGUAAUAUUGUGGGAAUUUGAUCCUUUUAUGAAUCUUGUGAUAGAUGAACGUGUGGAGAUGGUGACUAGUGGGCAACAGAACAAUAUUGGAAUGGUGGUAAUACGAGAAAAUAGCAUCAUCACGUUAGAAGCCUUGGAAUGA